UGUCUUUACUUCCUGUAAAGUUAUGUUGAACAGAAACAGCUACAUGUGAAACAGCGACAAAAGCCCAGACAGUAUUUGAGGUGUGUGACAAAAUGGAUGACUUCCCGGCCACCUCUUGAGGAGUUUCCCCGACUGAAUGAGAUGGCUCACAAAGCAACAUAACAGCUUAAGGAGCUGCCAUGGACGCCCUGUCCAUCAGUGGACUUCAGCCCUUCCCAGAGAGAGACUUUGACCAAAAAGUGGACUUCAGAGCACAGAAACAUGAGCACUUAAGAGGUCGAAACAACGUGACUUCAUGUCGAAGCCCUACGAGAGACUUUGACUCAAGAUUAAUCAAGAAUGAGCUAAAGAAUAAGAGGCAGUUGGAAUUUCUGAGGAGGAGGUCGGUGAGCCCAGAGCCACCCAGUUCAAAGUGUAAGAGCUGUUCCUCAAGGAGAAGAUUUUCUCCAGUGAUGUUUACGUUUAGGCAUCACGGUUCAAGCAGCAAGUCUGACAGGCUGCACACAAAUGCACAAUAUUCUCCCUCCUCUAAUGGACAUACAGUGAUGAUUCUAAAGUCAGAGAGUAAAGCAUCGGAUUAUCCAAGCACCAGCAACUGGGCUUCAUUAUGGUCAGAACCAAGGAAGCAGUCAACUGUCUCAACUCCAGUGAAAGAAUCAAGCCAGCACUGGAUCAAAAGCAUAAAUAAAAGAGAUAGUGUUAUUAAUAUUCGACAGACAAGCAGCAAAACAGUCGUCCAGACAGAAAAGAUUCACCAGAAAUCAUCCAUGCAGGUUGAAGAUGUUCGACACAAAAAGACAGUUCGAGAGAUCAGUGCGCAAACAGAGUCCGGCCUUGUUACAGUCAAGGAAUCGGAUCUUCAGAGGUUAUCAGACUACUUGCAGGAGGCCUUGUGGAGAGAAGAGGCAGUGAAGGACAAAUUGGCUGCACUCCAGGAGAGCGUCACAAACAUAAUGAACUCCUCAAACAUGAUAUGGACAUCUCGCUGCAGUGAGGACCUUCUGAGAAACAAGAUCAAGACUCUGGAGGCGCAGCUGCAAGUCUGUCUGCAGAAGUUCCCAAAGGAUGGAGUGAAAAAACUGGUGCAACAGAUGGAGAAGCAAAGCAUGAAGUAUGAGGAAAAGGCCUUGAUUGCUUUGCAGAAGGCUACACAGGAAAAAACUGAGGCACUCAGCAAGGCUGAAAUACUACAGGAAGCACUUAUCACAACUAAGGCAGAAGCAUUGAGGUGGCAGAGCCUUUAUGAGGAGCAGAGACUGAACUUGGCAAAACUCAGAGAGAAUCAGCACAUCAAUAACGAACAGCUGCACAGCCAAGUAGAGCUUCUUAAAUCCACUGAGGUUGAGCUGAUGGAGGAGGUGGCAUCAUUAAGACAAGAGAAGCAGGAUUUUCUGUACAACAUUUCCCUGCUGGAGGAGAACAACCAGACCUUAAGAGAGGAAAUCCAGCACCUUCAAGAUGGAAACAAUGGAAGCCAGGACUACUUGAUGCCACGGUUUCUGACAUCAGAGGAAGCAGAGCCACAGCCGACAGUGAGGAGAGACUCUCAGCUGGAGGAGCAGCUCCGACACACUCAGGAGAAACUCCAGCUUAAAGAGAAAGAGUGUGAGGAGCUGCACAUGGAGCUGCACACUAUGGAGCAGGAGUGUCAGUCCAGCCAGGCCCGGCUGUCGCAGUGCAGAGACGAACUCCGACAACUGAGCCACCGUCACAGGAGACCGAUGCUGUGUGGCUCCUGGUGGAGGGUGUUUAUGUUCUUUCUCCUACUCCUCGCCAUAGCAGGGGUUGCCAUGUUGUGGUUGUGGCAUCCUCCUUUCAGAGAGCAAGCUGAAAUCCUGUACUUAGAUAUAGAGACAAGAAUUGAAGAUUAUCUCAUGGAAAUGGCCUCUCCUCAACAAUCAGGCUGUUUUAGACCAAUAUAACAAUAUCUCUGCUUAGGAUUUUUUUUUCACUAUUGUAGCCUUUGUCUUUAAAAUAAGACUUUUCUAGUGUGCAUGUUGUCAGCAUUUUUAUUCAUACAGUAUGUUAUAUUAUUAGUCUUAGAACAAAGCAUUUGUGGGGUGUGUUGUGUUGACAUGUGCUCAUACCAUAGAUGUGUAAAGACAUCAGGUGAACAUGUGUGACAAAUGAAACUAUGUUUGUUUGAUAUGUUUGUGAGUUGUGUCCAGCUCACAAAUUAGUUAUAAUGAAUCUGACCUCGAGAAAAGAUGAACGUGUACUGUAAGCCGGUCUAGUCAGAAGCAUCAUUUUGAAUGAUUUAAAACAUUAAUUUUGAUGGAUAAACAUCAAGAACAACGUGGACAGCCAUAAUUCGUAGAUUCAAAAGUAUAUAUUUAAAAUGGCAUGUCCCAUUAUGAUGGGUACUGUCGUUUUUGCCUUGCUGAUGUCUAACCUUAAUGUUUUGCCUUUAUCAAAAUAAAGACAAAACAUUACUACAUUCGUCUAAGCUGUCGUGGUGAUGGAACAACAUUGGUCCUACAGGGUAUUGAGGAAUUAUUUAAGUUUCAGUCUUGCUUAAAAGAAAGAAGAAAGACGGGAUGCUAUGAAAGACAUGAAAUGUUUAUUUAAAGAAAUAAAAACAUACUGUGACCAACAAAUGCUGGAGUUUGUCAAGUAUCAUUUGAUAAAGGAUUUUUUGACAUGAUCAAAUCAAAGGUGAAUCACAUCUGUGAGUGAAGACUGGAUCAACAUGGAAAAGGCCAGAUCAACCAGGGUACUGUUAGAUACCGAAGAGAAGCAGCAUGCAGACAGGGAGCAGUAAUUAUAUCUGCAUCAUUAAUGCAAGGUGGGGGAAACAGGCUAUAAGAUGUAACACUCAAGUAUUAAGUGUAAAUUCAGAUACUUUUAACUUGAGUAUUCCUAUUCCACGCCACUUCGCACAUCAACUCCACCAUAUCUUACAUAUAAAUAGCCUGUUUCUUACUUUAUUAGAAAGCUGGGGUUAAUUGUUCUUCAGAUUUUACUUUAACCUGCUAAAAAUUCUGUAAUAACAAACACUGCUGAAGAUUAAACUGUAUGCCUCAAGCUUUGUUCACUUAUAAUGAAGCUUGUAACAAUUAGUGAUAAAUCAAAUAAGUGUGUGUGUGUGUGUGUGUGUUAUAUAUAUGUUUUUUAUUAUAUAUGUUAUAUACAGUAUAAUAAUAUCUUAUUUCCAAUGUGUUAACCACCAUUUGAUAAUGGACUGACUGAAAGAGGUCAGGCUCUUUUAAUGAUGUCUUGUUGCACC